AUGGCCUGCAAGCAGCUGUUGCAGGCGACCUUCGCCCUCUUGCUUUUCGUGUUUUGUACACGCGCACUCGUGAAUCCCAUACUACCUGGAUGGAAUCCGGACCCGACCAUUCUCCGCGUCGGUGACGACUACUUCAUCGCGACCUCGACGUUCGAACAGUUUCCGGGACACCCGAUAUGGCACAGCAGAAACUUAGUGGACUGGAGCAUCAUUGGAUAUGGAUUGAAUCGCCGUAGCCAAUUAGAUUUGACGGGUGUUCCUCCAAGCGGAGGGUCCUGGGCACCUGGAUUGCGGUACCACAAGGGGAUGUUCUAUCUUGUAUCAACCACACGCUUCGUCUACACUCCGGAGUUAAGGCUCUUCCCUCGAUCAUUCUAUGUCAAGACGGAAGAUAUAUUCUCGAACAACUGGAGCGACCCUGUGUGGUUUGACUCGUUGGGUUAUGACAACGAUUUGUUUUGGGAUACGAACGGCGAUGUCUAUAACACAUGGUCGGGCAUCAACAAUGCCGUGCAAAACAUUUAUGGCAUUUGGCAGAACAGAAUCGAUUUGGAGACUGGGAGUCCCCUCACCGAGGCCCAGCUAAUCUUCAACGGCACUCUUCCAUUAAACUCAACAUCGCGGCCAGAGGGUCCUCAUGUAUACCACGUAAAUGGUACCUACUACCUCAUGAUUGCGGAAGGCGGCUCUGGACCGCAGCAUCGCUCCACCAUCCAACGCGGACCGUCGCCCUCUGGGCCAUGGGAAAACAAUCCAGCAAAUCCCAUCCUUUUCAACGGCGCAGACCUAUCGUUGCCUGUGCAAUGGACGGGUCACGCUGACUUCGUCGAGGCCGCCGACGGGCAAUGGUGGGGCGUCGCCCUCGGGGUCCGUCCUCAACAAGGGAACUUCAGCUAUCUUCAGCUCGGUCGCGAGACAUUCCUCUUUCCCGUCACAUGGCAGGAUGGUUGGCCUAUCUUCAAUCAUGGAGAGCCGAUCCGCGAGCAUAUGCCUGGCGUUCUUCACGACAAACCCACUUCAUCGACAUUCAACACCUCCUUUACCAGCAAAACCCUCGACCACUCUUUCUUCUAUCAUCGCACACCCUACAAACCAUUCCAUUCGCUCACGGCGCGUCCGGGAUACCUCAGAAUCAACGCGAGCCCCUAUUCACCGGGCGAUCGUGACGUGCCCGCGCUGCUCCUGCGCAAACAAGCGUCUUACAACGAGAGCGUGGAGGUUCGGCUGGACGAUUUCGCCGUUGGCGACAAGGGGUCGAAUCUGACCGAAGCGGGUUUGAGCGCCUUCUACGACGACCUGUUGCACAAUGAUAUCGGUGUGGCGGGCCCGGACCGGGCGAGUGGGGAGACCGGGAGGAAGAUUGUUGUGAGGACGAAGGUCGCGGCGCAGCAGGUUGGUCCGUGGGCGCUUGUGCCUGCUAACAACACGAUGACUACGACGACGUAUAUCCCGCUACGCACAGACUCUGAACCUGUCAGAUUGAAAGUCGUCACCAACUCCACCACUUACACGCUGGGAUACGCAGAGGGAGGUGACGAUUUCGUCUUCCCGGUAACGUUUGACGCAGCUGCUAUGUCUCUCCCACCUCAAGGAAAUUUCUUCUUCAAGGGUGCCAUGUGGGGCAUAUAUAAUACCGGCCAUGGUCGUCCAAGUCUUGUUCCAGCCGACUUCAAGUAUUGGACUCAGAUCCCAGAAUAA